AUGCCCACACCUCCUUCCAACCCUGGUCUGUGGGUGAUGGUUCUAAUGGGGCUGCUCCCUCCAGCUCUUCCGAAAUGCAUCUUUGAUCAAGUUCAGUCCCGCGUGCGUGUGGUCCGAGCAGCACAGGCCGUCAAUGAGCAUGGGGUGACCCCACUCGCACCCCAGCAACAACUGCCAGUAAAGCAGAGGAGCAAGCAGGCUGAAGUCGCAUUCAAGCCCAUCAGAAUUACAACCUGGGUUGUUGAAGAGAGCGACAGCAUGUCAGACACUGAGAAUGGAAGGCUGAGCAUGGCGGUUGGACAGGCUGUAAAGAUGGUCUCCUCUCUGCUCUCUGCCACGAGUUUUUGCCUACGCAGUCCACUGCCAGGUGGACACCUCCAGUCGACCAGUGGCUGGCCUGGUGGUCAUCUGCAAGGACAGGUUAGCAGCAGAGACGUACAGCCACCUAGCCACCGUGCUGCACUGCAGAGGCACCUCGCCUCACCAGAGCUGGAACUUGGAGGGCCCCUAGAGAACCAGGACGAGGCUCCGGGUGGUGUAUCCUCCCACUGGGAGUCCAGGGUGUUACAAGGGUCCAUCAUGGCCGCCAUGCUGGAGGAGCCGAGCACGGUCCGUAUUGAUCCCGUCACCUUGGCUGCAUUUCAGGACAUGGGUUGGUACUCCGUCAACCUGAGCCGAGCGCAGAGCCUCGUCUGGGGAGAAGGGGAAGGAGCCAUGUUUGGGUCCCCCUUAACGUGCAGAAACAAAUCCUCCUCCUCCUUCUUCUGCACUCACAGUGGGCCAGGGUGUCAUUAUUUACAUCGUCACAAGGGGGCGUGCCAAACAGAUCUGUACCUGGAUGGGUGUAGAAUGUACAAAGCGCUGAAGACAGGAAGCGAGUGUCAAAACAAAGCAAAUGCUCCUAAUUUUGCUGGAGAAACUGAGGCUCAUGGCGAGAUCUAUGGCCCAGACAGCCGGUGCUUCUUCUCCAACUUAACCACGCAGAACCCGAGUCAGCUGACGGUGGGCAGGGCAGUUGUCGGACGCUGUUACAGGCACAGGUGUACUGGACCAAAGGAGUACCAGAUCCGGGUUUCUGGUGCUGAUUGGGUGGCUUGCCCAGCUGGUGAAGCAGUGCAGGUGAGAGGAUAUGAGGGUUGGGUUUCCUGUCCCGACAGACGGUUGUGUCUCCAUCCUGAUGUGUCACGGCUAUGGGAUGAUACCAGCACUUCUGUCCCCAGUCACCAAACAACAGAAUUGGACCUAAAUUGGAGUGCACCCUGGAAAUAUCCCGCUGCGUUGGUCAUAUGUGCCUUGGUCGCUUUGACUGUCAUGGGGCUUCUGUCUGCUGUCCUUCUGCCACAGUGGAAGUGUUCUGCAAGAGUCCACCCAGCUUCCCUGGACCACACCACACCGGCCUGUACUCAAUAUGCUUGAACAUAUAUGCUUGUUGAUUUACUCUUGCAACUGGCUCACCUCGUGUCUCCUCACGUCAUGUUUUUAUUUUUGAUAAGACUUCACUAUUGCAUCUGUAACUCCAACAUAUCAUGCUGCCAGACCAAUGAAUCCCUGUAUGGACACAUACAUACAGUACAUGUUGUUGCAUGUUGUCGCAGGCUACUCUGGUUGUUUCCCAUUUGUGAAUCCCUCAAAAUCCGCCUCUGUCCUGCCACUGCAGGAUGUGC